UAAAAAUUGAGUACUCAGUUCUUUCUUUCUACUAAGGAAGAAACGAAACAGAAAAUCAGAACCCUAACAUUACAACAAGAAACCAAUGUAUCGAUUUUUCUCUUGCAUUCGCCAUGGUCGUGGAUCUUCUCUUGUAUCUCUCCUUGCACCCAAACCUGCGCUUCCAUUCGAUGCCGCUGUGCGACCUCGCCACUUACCUCUAAACGACGGACACGUUAGGGGAUUUUCUAGUUCAAAUUUUGAUUGGAGGAUUCAAACUAGCCAGAAUGUGAAUGAAGAGGGGAAUGCUCGUCCAAACUUCAUGCAGAAUUUAGAAAACAGAAACCCCAGAAACUGGAAUAAUGUGAACCAGAAUGUGAAUGCAGAGGGGAAUGCUCGUCCAAACUUCAUGCAGAAUUUAGAAAACAGAAACCCCAGAAACUGGAAUAAUGUGAACCAGAAUGUGAAUGCAAAUGCCAACGCCUAUCCAAAUUUUAUGCAGAAUAUAGGGAACAGGAAUCCCAGAAUGUGGAAUAAUCUGGGCCAGAAUGUGAAAGCAAAUGAAGACGCCCCUCCCGAUUUUAUGCAAGAAAAAGAGAACAUAAACCUCGAAAGUGAGAAUGAUGCUGGGACUGGCUUGAAUUCUAGGCCUAUGGACUUUGUAAGAGGAAUUUUAGAUGGAGAUAAUUUUACGAGAGGUUCUUCUUUUGAGUAUCAGUAUGAGCAGGAUGCCGAUCAUGUUCAUAUAAAGAUGUUACGUAAUAAUACCUUUGUGACUGUAACAGAUUCUAAAGGAAAUGUUAAACUCAGUGGCUCUGCUGGUUCAUUGAAAGACCUGAAAUCAGGGCAAAAGCUUUCUAGGUAUGCCGCCGAGGCAACUGCGGAAGUUGUGGGCCGGAGAUCUAGGGGUUUGGGAUUGAAAUCUGUGGUCAUGAAAGUGAAUGGAUUUACCCAUUUCAGAAGAAAAAGGCAAGCAAUACUGAGCUGGAAGGAGGGCUUUACUGCUGAUUCUCGAGGCGGUAGAAAUCCAAUUGUAUUCAUUGAAGAUACCACUAGAAAACCCCAUAAUGGCUGCAGAUUACCAAAGAAACGGCGUAUUUAGGUGUUUGUUAUUGAGGUGGUCGGAGAAAACAUUAUUUUACUUGGAUGAAGACACACUUUAGGUCCUGUUUUGGGCACAUGAUGAUACUUAUCUUGAGCACAUUAUUUGUAGACUAUCCAUUUCCUUCCUCCUUUGUACAAUUUUGAAGAUUCAAUAACCAGAACUUUCUGUAACAGUAUUUACUACUGAUUGUUGAUUUUGUGUCACUGUCGACCAUCCUUUUAUACAUUGAAUGAAUAUUAAAGUCGGCAAUUAUUAAUA